CUACUAGGAGAGAGGUAUCCUGAUGUCAGGUAAAGAGUUGAAGAAGUUUAUUCUUCCUAAGACUGCAUCGCUUGAGGAGAAGCUGAAAGUCCAUAAGGACGUCCUGUGUGCCAGACACCCUCCUGUCUUCUAUGAAUGGUUUCUCCGAACCUUCCCUGACCCCACCACAUGGUACAGCAGCAGGUCAGCCUACUGUCGCUCCACAGCGGUGAUGUCCGUGGUGGGCUACAUCCUGGGUCUUGGAGACCGCCAUGGAGAGAACAUCCUGUUUGACUCAUUSACCGGGGAGUGUGUUCACGUCGACUUCAACUGCCUCUUCAACAAGGGUGAGACGUUUGAUGUUCCGGAAGUGGUUCCGUUCAGACUGACCCAGAACAUGGUCCAUGCUAUGGGCCCCAUGGGGACAGAGGGGCUGUUCAGAACCGCCUGUGAAGUCACGCUACGCCUYAUGAGAGACCAGAGAGAACCACUCAUGAGUGUACUGAAGACGUUCCUCCAUGACCCUCUGGUAGAGUGGAGUAAACCUAAAGGACCGUCCAAGACACAGGCCAGUGAGACUGGAGAGAUAGUCAACGAGAAGGCCAAGACCCAUGUGUGUGAGAUUGAUCAGCGUUUGCAGGGCGUGAUAAAGAGUCAUAACAAAGUGUUGGGUCUGCCUCUGUCUAUAGAGGGACAUGUCCACUACCUCAUACAGGAGGCUACUGACGACAAACUACUGUGUCAGAUGUACCUGGGCUGGGGACCUUACCUGUGAUACACACGGCUUCUCUGAGAAACUGUUUACAAAUUCAYUARUUUUCUUGUUCUGUUCAUGUUUUUGUAAAUCUGGAGUAAUUAUGUUUUUUCAUGGGGCAGUUGCAUAUUUUCCCAUAAUAAAA